AUGGCUAAAGACGAUGCCACUGUCCAUUGCUUCCAGGGCCUGCUGAUAUUUGGAAAUGUGAUUAUUGGGAUGUGUGGCAUUGCCCUCACUGCUGAAUGCAUCUUCUUCGUAUCAGACCAACAUAGCCUCUAUCCACUGUUGGAAGCCACUGACAAUGAUGACAUCUAUGGAGCAGCUUGGAUUGGCAUGUUUGUUGGCAUAUGUCUCUUUUGCCUAGCAGUGAUGGGAAUUGUAGGCAUCAUGAAGUCCAGCAGGAAAAUUCUUCUGGCGUAUUUUAUUCUGAUGUUUAUUGUAUAUGGCUUCGAAGUGGCAUCCUGUAUCACAGCAGCAACACAGAGAGAUUUUUUUACAACCAACCUCUUCCUGAAGCAGAUGCUAGUGAGGUACCAAAACAAUACUCCUCCAAACAACGAUGAUCAGUGGAAAAACAAUGGCGUCACCAAAACCUGGGACAGGCUUAUGCUCCAGGACAAUUGCUGUGGUGUAAAUGGCCCUUCGGACUGGCAGAAAUACACCUCUGCUUUCCGGGCUCAGUAUAAUGAUGCUGACUAUCCCUGGCCUCGUCAGUGCUGUGUUAUGAACAAUCUUAAAGAACCUCUCAACCUGGAUGCCUGCAAACUAGGAGUCCCUGGUUAUUAUCACAGUCAAGGUUGCUAUGAACUGAUUUCUGGCCCACUGGACCGACAUGCUUGGGGAGUUGCCUGGUUUGGAUUUGCCAUUCUCUGCUGGACUUUUUGGGUUCUGCUGGGUGCCAUGUUCUACUGGAGCAGAAUUGAAUACUAA